UCCAGGUUUCGCUUCGCCAGCCACGCUUGCCCUGUCCAGCCAUGCCCAUCUCGGCAAGAGCCCUCCGGGCCGUCAACACGCCCAACCUGCUGGUCGCUGCCUUCGAGCGGGUCUCGCGCAACCCAUUCCAUGUCGAGCACAACCGCGGCGGUAUCAUCAACCUCGGCACCGCUGAGAACGAGGUCAUGCACCCGACCCUGGUCAGCGAGCUCAACUCGCCACAGAUCCAGGCUGGAGGCAUCAACGCAUCGCAUCUCACCUAUGGGUCCUCGUUCAACGGAUCCCGAGCCCUUCGGUCGGAAAUCAGUCACCUGCUCAACCGCAAGCUCAAUCUCCACCACAAGCUCAACGACAGCAACAUGAAAAUUGUAAACGGCGCCACGACCGCCAUCAGCGUCUUCAGUAUGAUCCUCUGCGAUGCCGGUGAAGGCGUGAUGAUCCCAUCACCGUACUACGGAGGGUUCCACCCCGACUGCAGUGUUGGGACAGACUCAGUCCCGAUUCGCGUCCCCGCAUACGCAUCCAACGGCUUCCAGAUCACCACCGCCGAUCUCGAGCGAAGCUACGCCGAGUCCAAGGGCCGCGGCAUCGUGCCCAAGGUCUUGCUGAUCUGCAACCCAAACAACCCCCUCGGCCAAACCUAUUCCCGAACGCAGCUGAUGGAGAUGCUUCUGUUUGCUCAGAGCCACGACAUGGAGGUGAUCUCGGAUGAGGUCUACGCGCUCACCAUCCGCGAAGGAGACGACAAUCUUCCGCCCUUCACGAGCGUCUACGCGAUGUCGGAUCUGCCUGAUCCCCAGCGCACGCAUCUCAUUUGGUCCAUGUCGAAGGACUUUGGGGUCAGUGGCAUGCGUCUGGCCACAGUCAUCUCCUUGAAUCCAGAUGUCAUUGCGGCCGCCGGCUGCUUUGGUACGUUUGCUUCGACGCCCAACUACAUCCAGCACCUGUGGACCAAUUUCCUUCGCGAUCGUCCCCGGGUCGAUCAAUUCCUGGACGAAAGCAACUUGCGCAUCAAGGACUCGUACGACAAAGUGGCCGGGUUUCUGCAGUCCCACCAUAUCCCAUUCCUGCCCGCCAACGCUGGGUUCUUUGUAUGGGUCAACCUCUCCAAGUGGCUCGGUCCGGAGUCCAGCGAGGCUGGGGCUGGCUCGAGGGUGGCGUGGACGCCGUCGAGUCCAUUUGCUCGGUAUGAGCCAAGCCCGCGAGAAACCCAGCUUUGGAUGGAGCUGCUUGAUGAGGGUGUCUAUAUCGCCUACGGUGCUGCCUUCUUUGCGGACGAGGAAGGAUGGUUCCGGAUCCUGUUCGCCAAGGACUGGAGCAUCAUGCAGUUGGCGCUGGAACGCAUUGGGCGCGUUCUUUCUCGGCGCGAAGCUCAACAUCAGUGAGCGGGGCUCCAGCUCGAUGGCAGAGCAGCGUCGGGCCACCAAAGACCCCCACCGAGAGCACUGGACCCGCACGACCUGAUUGUAUCGAGCCCUGAUUCUCACCGUCCCCCAGAAUACGCUGCUAUCGAUCUCGACAAUACACCACCAUCGUGAUUGAUCCUCGUUCC